AGGCUAUCUGUGAAAUUAGUGUUAGCUGCAAACGGGCUGGGCCAUUCUUUGGAGAAUAGCUCUAUAUAAUCCAGUGACAUGCCUUUCAUUCGGAGCUUCAACCUACAACUUUGUUAUUAACAAUUUCAUGCGAAAAAUCGCUGUUUUUUUGGUUUUUUGCAUAUAAAAUGAAAACUAUCAGGGUAAUUGUGAUAGUGUUAAUACAAAAGUUGUAGAGAAUUAAAAUACGAAGAAAAUGAACGGUCAAACGACUCAAUCGGACCGUUAGUUUAUGAGAAAAUUGAAAAAAACCAGCAAAAAAACAGUUUUUUUCAAAAAUUCAUAACUCGGUCGUUUUUUGAGUUGUAGCGUAAACCCUCCGGCCAGUAUUACUUAUUAAUACAAACUUUAUUUGUGCGAAGAGCAGGCACUGUCCGAUGCAUAGUUUCCGAUCCGUGGCCAUUUCAAAUUUUUACUAUGCAAUUUCCUAGCAGGCAUAUUACCGACGGAUAUUAUGCGAUUUUAAUUUAUCAAAACGAUUUCAAAAGUAGAAGUCUCAUACUUCAAAACGUUUAUUUUGGUUUUGCGUGAAAGCGCUGAAAAACAUGUUAGAAAUAGAGCUGAAUAUGACGAAAAUCGACCGAGCGCGCGAGAGUAGUAGAAGAGUGGGGGAAAGCAGCGGGCAAGGAGCAACGCGUAUAUAUAGUAAUACUUUCGCGCCGCGCGUAUUUCAUAAUCUUUUCUUUCGAAUAUCUCAGCAACAAAUAAGAAUAUCGGAACUCGUUUUUUUUUAAUUCCGCGGUAUCUCGUUCCGGGAAACACGUUUUUUUUAUCAAAUCACUAAAAAAACAAACAGGAGAGCAUAAUUUUCACUGUUUUCAUUAUAAUUGUUUGUAUUGUAAACAAUUUUUUAAAAAUAGGUGAAACCGUUUCGUUACAUAAAUGCAUAUACAUGUAGGGUAAAUAGUGAAAUGAAUGUUUGUAGUUUUUUGAAGUUAUAUACAGGACGCCAAAAAUUGGAACAUCUGCUCUGUGUACUCCGGCACGUUUUAUCCCCACUUUCUCCCGAUUUCGUACUGGGAUACGGACACAACUGUCGUUUGGUUUGGCCUUGAAUCCUCGGGAGGGGGAAAUGACCUGCGUUUGCUAGCUUGGCUUGGCUUAGUUUCCAGCCAGAUUUCAGAACUGCUGUACACAUAAUAAUAGAGCCUAUUGAGCAGAGCCUACGUUUUCUUUUCAAAAAUUCAGUUUUAUCCGUGAUUUUGCUUUUACCCUGCAAUUUUUUCUUUAAGUUUUACCUUUCAUUUAUUCAAUUGCAAGUACACGUGAGUGUUUGAAGUGCUCGUCGAACGAGUUAAGCAACUAUCAAAGAAGAUAAUGAUUAUAUAAACAUCGCGUUAAACUAUGGAAUGUUCUGAAGAGCUUGAUAUUGAACAAGCAUCUACGUCUGCAGACGUCAGAGACGUUCUCGAUGCGGAAGAUGAUGAAAGUAAACAGUGGGAAGAUGUUGAUGACAUUUGUUUACUUUGUGACAAGCCGAUUGAAGACUCAAAAUCGUGCACCGUUAAAGAAAGAGGUAUCGCGACUUUUAUAUGUGCUAGUAUAAAACGCAAAGAUAAAAAAGAUUCAAAAUUAAGGAAAUUGACACAAAUCACAGUGCACGAAUCGUGUCAAAAAAUGUACCCUAGACAGGCCAAUAUAGAAAUGGCUUUGAAGGCAUCUAAAAAAAAGCACAUACGGGACAAAAUGCGCCGAAAAGAAGGACGUGAAUUUGAUUUCUCGAUGAAUUGUUUCUUGUGUUCCAAAAGGUUUCAUGAUUCAAAAACUAGAAAGCGUAUAUUAAAAAAAGAGACGAUUAACAACAUAAUAAUGCAGUUGGAUGCUUAUGAAAAAACUGAAGUCAAUAAGAUAAUUGCAUCGCGCGUGCGUGUUCUAAAAGAUGAAAACGAUGAUUUUUAUACCAAAAAUAGUGUUUAUUACCACUCUCAAUGCUUGGCUCGUUUUUACACGUAUCGUCCAACCAAUAUCAUGGGACGACCGAUCAGCGAUGAAAUGUCAGAUUUAAUGACUUUCAUCAUUAAUUUCAUAGUAGAAAAUAGCGAAGAAUGUCAGUUUUCUUUGAAAAGUAUAUUACAAGAAUAUACGAGCCACCAUGGAGAAAUGGAGUUUCCUCGAUUUGACCGGAUUGAACAUCAAUUGAAGCAACAUUUCGAGGAUGAAAUAGUAGUUCAUGCAUGUAAUAAUGAUCGCAUUGUGUGCUUUAAACGUACUAUUGGAAAAUGCAUAGAAGAAAGCUGGUAUAGUGAGCGUAAACGUAAUGAAAACGAAGAAAAGUUGAGAAUCAUAGAGUUGGCCAGCCAUAUUAUUUUACAAGAUAUUCGAGCGAUAAAAUUCGAUACGACAAAUUACAACUCACCCGUUGAUUUUCUAAACAACGCCACAGAAUAUGUGCCGAAAACACUUCAGCUUUUCCUUGAUAUUCUCAUUAAAACCCACAAAAAUACUCCCAAAGAACAAUCUUGUAAUAAAUGGGGUAAUAAGAUAAUAACAGCAGCGCACAUUUUAAUGUCAUCUGUAAGACCAAGAUCGUUUGUAUCGCCUAUUUUAUUGGGCCUUUCAAGCAUGAUACAUACGAAAUAUUCUGCGAAAGGACUUAUCGAUUCCUUACAUAAUAUUGGUUUGUGCGCGUCUUAUAGUGAAACUGUACGAUUUGAAAGUUCAAUUGUAAACGAUUCAGGAAAUUUCAAUAUCGUUUCCGACACGUAUCUGCAAUUUGUCUAUGAUAAUGCCGACCAUCGAACUGCUACAAUUGAUGGAAAAAAUACUUUCCACUGCAUGGGUGGUAUAAUGUGUGUUACACCCACAUCUUCAGUUCAAUUCAAUAACAAUGUUCCCCGCUUAUCGAGGACAUUUUCAAAAGAUAUUAGUGGCACGUUUGGUUUUCUACCGUUGACAGAUUACAAACAUAACAAGCCAUUCAAGUUAGAUAGCUUUACAGUACGUAAUUGGAAUGAGAAAGCGGAUCAUAUUAAUUUCACUAUUGAUAUUGGAUUAAUUGAUUUAAUAUAUUUCUACGGAAAACAUACUGCACCAAAACAAACGCCAAACUGGCAUGGGUUUAUGAACAAUUAUCAUGCCAAUAAUACAGAUUUCAAAAUUUCCAAAAUAAUUGCAUUACCUUUUAUAAAAGCACCGCCAAGCGAACACACAACCAUUUUAACCGCACUAAUAGAUGCUAGGAAACGAGCAGAUACUAAUAACCAAAAGCAUUGCUUUGUUACUUUCGAUUUGCCUUUGUUUAUGAAAGCGAGUGAGAUCAUAGCGUCAAUAGAUGCACAGAAUGACAUACACAAUUUACUGUCAGUUAUUCCUCGUUUAGGGGGUUUCCACACAGCAAUGUCAUUCCUUGGAUCUAUUGGCGAAAUCAUGACCGGCAGUGGCCUCAAACAAGCUUUCUGCACUAUUUUUGCUGAAUUAUCAGCUGAGAAAGCGUUGACUGGGCACGCUUUUUCUAGAUCUGUGAGAGGCCACUUGUUGGUACAAGCUGCGCUUGCCGAUACGAUCUACCAGAAAAUCGAAUUAACAGAUAGUGAGAGAAAACACUUGAAUGAUAGCCUUGAGAGAGUAGGAGAGGAAAAUUUUCAAAUUUUUUUGACCGACAGUAUGAUGACUAACAUACUACAGAAAUUCGUCGCAGUUUUGGAGAACUUGGAAAGGCAAGGCCCAACUAAUAAACUGUGGGUGCAGUAUUUCAAAUUGAUUUGUCUAUUCCAAAGAUUCAUUGAUGCAGAGAGAUCAGGAAACUUCGACCUGCACAUACAAACAGUUCAAUUAAUGAUACCUUUCUUUUUUUCUUCCGGACAUCAUUUGUACGCGAAAGCUUGCUUACUAUAUGUUCAAAAAAUGUCGAGUUUGAGAACAGCUAUGGAUUUCGUUGAAUACGAUAAAUUUUGCAAACAAGGCUAUUAUACAAUAAGACGAUCCAAUCGUUUCUGGUCUGGACUGUGGACUGAUUUAACAAUUGAGCAGGUAUUGAUGCGCUCCAUUAAAUGUAGCGGAGGUUUGACUCAUGGUAGAGGAUUAACGGAAGCUGUAAUUGGGAAAUGGGUAUUAUCGAGAGCUGCUGUUCUAGAAGUAAUAAAUUCAAUGGAAUUAUUUUGCAGCAUGACAUUCGCUACUUCAGAGCAACAUGUCGACAACCGAGUUACUCGAAUUUCAAAAGACGCGGAAGAUUUAUUGAAAUUAAAGCAUUUCUUCACUAUGUACAAUCCAUUUCCCAAUACAGACAAGAUUGUGGGAAUUUAUUCAGGAAUGAUCGGCGAUUCGGACACUGUAAAUUGUCACAUGGCAUUUGAAAUUGGAAAAGCUCUGAUGGUAAAUACUUCGAAUAAAAAAUUUACAGAUGUAAAGUACAAAAGAAGCAGUAAAUUAGUUCAUUUGGCUACAACAAAUUCGUCAAUUAAGAAUGUAAGUAACGAAGACGUUUAUAUCUCACCGCUACUGUUAUUCCAGAAGAUUGCUUUAAAUAUUGAAAACCAGGAGGAGAUGAAAGAGUACUGUAGCAAUUAUGAGCUAUCUCCGAUACCAAUGUCAUUAUUUGAUGAACAAGGUAUGCGUAAAACAGCCAAAUCGGCAUUUUAUUCAAAUUUCAAUACCACUCAAGAAAUUGUAACAUCGGGAAGCAUAACAUACGUUGUCGAUGGCGGCUUCUUCUUGCAUAAAUUGGUCUGGCAAAAUAAUACAACAAUAAAGAGUAUUAUCAGUAAUUAUGUUUCAUAUGCAAGUAAACAUUACACGAAGAACAGCUUCAUCGUGUUCGACGGUUAUCCCGAUGAUGAAACAUUAACAACGAAAUCCGUAGAGCGUUCUCGAAGGAAAAUGAAAAAUAUUGGUCGCGAAAUCGCAUUUGAAGAAAACACAAUAAUUACAAAUCAAAAAGAAUUUCUCAGUAACGAGAAAAAUAAAUCGAAAAUAAUUGAUCUGAUAAGCAAGACAUUAAAUACAGCUGGGUUCAGAACAAAAAUUGCUCCUGAAGAUGCGGAUAGAUUAAUUGUAGUUACGGCUAUUGAGAACUCUCGUAUGAAUACUGAAACAACUGUAAUAAUCGUAGGUGAGGAUAUUGAUUUACUCGUGAUUUUCUCUCAAUUAGCGACAAACAUGGAGAAUAUUUACUUCUGCAAGGAAGGUAAAAACGAAAAACACCAAUUUUAUGGCAGUAACAGUUUCAAAUACGAUAAAUUACAAAACAUUGUGGCGUUCAUUCAUGCUUUUUGUGGAUGCGAUACAACUUCGUGCUUUUAUAAACUCGGUAAAAGUAAAUUGAUAGAAGCGUUUUCAUCUGAAACUGAAAUUGUGACACUCCUUGAAUUGGCUUCAGUUUUCUAUCACGAAAAUGCGAGUCAUGAUAAAAUAGCCGAAAGUGCAUUCGAUUUAAUUCGGAAAAUGUACUGCACAAAAACAGAAAAAAAAUUAAUGGAAAAAUCGAAGUCUUUCUCGCUACACGAUUUACGAUAUUUACACUUUAGCAAGGCUAAAGUUAAGAAAAAAUUCUCUCUGGAGACUUUACCGCCGACAGAAGGAGCAGCGAAACAACACGCAUUCCGAGCUUACUACCAAUUACAAUGUUGGUUAGGUAGAACGCAUCUGAAAGCAACUGAUUGGGGAUGGUAUGUGAGAUCCAAGUUUCUAAUGCCUGUAAAAUCUAUCGAUCCACCAAUCCCCAAAAAGUUGCUUCAACAAAUAUCGUGUUCCUGUACUAAAAAAGGAUGCGUGAAUACUUCGUGCAGUUGUCGCAAACACGGUUUGCAAUGCACUAACCUAUGUGUACACUGUGAAGAAGACACGUGUUACAAUUUAGAAAUAAGCGAAGUCUCUGCGAUAUCAGACGAUGAAUGCGAGGAAGAUGUUUAUAAAGAGCAGAUUGUCAUGCAACGCGAAAUUUGUAGUGAAAGCGAAAAUUCUUCUGAAACGGCUUAUGUUGACGAAAAUUUUGAUGAUGUUAUUUCAAUACCUUCAAAAAAAAGAAAAUUAUUGUAAAUUUUUGUAUUCUUUGAUUUUAUACAUCCGCAAAUAUGCGUAAUAAAUAUCACGAUUUUUUGUA